AUUGUUUGUCUGUCUGUAUGUAAGUGUGUGUGCCUGGGCGCCCGUCGCUGCCUCUGUUGUAGUCUUCGUCACAGUAUAAUUUUGCGUUCGAAUCCUAGUCGCCGUCCGGAACGUCUGCCGACAACACCGAGAUGUUAUUGCAGGUAUCACUAUGUACGCUAUUGGCCGUCGUGUUUUGUAUGGCCGAUCAGCAACAGCCGAGUCCUGGCGCCGCUUUAGACGUAUCCUCGAUCAAUGAUUUAGCUAAAAAACCUACGGUGAAGCUUGAUCCAAAAUUAAGAAAAGCGUUACUCAAAGUGCUCACUCGGUUAGACGAAGAAGACAAAUCGACCGCCGAAAUCAAACAAAGAGAUAAUCAACAAAAGCUACAACAACAGUUUCAACAACAAGAGCUACAACAGCUGCAACUACAACAACAACAACAACAACAACAAAAACAGCAGCAACAACAACAGCUACAAGAACAGGAGCAACAACAACAACUACUGUCACAAAGAAGUACGGCCCAGCCGGACUUCUUAAUUUCGGGUCAGGCGUUUUCCGCUUCGACGACAUCCGGAAAAACGGAAGCCGUAUUCCCGACGCCUAACUCACCAGCCGUGGCCGAAGCCAUCGUUAAAAACAACGCUAACGCCACAGCGGCCGAAGCACAGUCCCCGACGCGGCCCACUGGAACUGAAGUUGACUUUUUCGAAGCUCCGUUGUUGACCGCGUUUACGGUGCAACAAGACUCAAGCGGAGUGCCUAGACGCGUGAUUCCUAUUUACACGGAACCCGAGCAGUUGGAGCGACAGAAGAUCCAGGCUCUUUUAGCCAAAGAAGAAGCCGGUGGUGAGCGGAACAGCGUAAAUUCUGACAAGAACGAAUUAGAGUUGUUCAAACAGAUCGAACUGUCGCAGCGAAACGUACAGCAGGAGAGGAGACCGAUUUUGCCGACGCCUUUAUCGUUGGUCGACGUUCCCCAAGACUUCUUUGUCCGGCAACAAAUCAUCUUACAGCAGUUGCAACAACAGCAACAACAGCAACAGCAGUUGCAACAACAGCAACAACAGCAACAACAGCAACAGCAGCAGCCACAACAGCAGCGAGCUUUUGAGCAACAACAAUUCAUGACUGUUGAACAGCAGAGGAUACAAGAACCAUUUAGACCACAGUUUAUUCAACCACAACCCACUCAACAGUCGUUUGUUCAACAACUACAACUACAACAACAGCCAACCCUUCAGCAGUCGACGCAAGUGCAGUUUACACAACAGCAGCCGAACCGACAGCAGUUUGCUCAACAACAAAACCAACAACAGCCAACCCUUCAGCAGUCGACGCAAGUACAGUUUACUCAACAGCAGCCAAAUCGACAGCAGUUUUCUCAACAACAAAAAGUCCAACAGCAGCCUGUUCAACCGCAGAAAUUCCAACAGCCGCCAUUGCAACAACAGCUAGUUCAGCUCAAAAACGUUCAAAACCAGUUUGCUCACACUCAGAUAAUCCCAUCUCAACAACUGCAACUACAGUCAUUCCAACAGCCGUUUUUCCAGUCACAGCCAAUCCAGUUGCUUCCGUUUCAACAGCAACAACAAUUAAUGCCACACCAAUUAAUACAGCAAAGACAACUGGAGUUCAGGACCGAACCGUUCGCUCAACAGUCUCGUGUACUCAGACAACCUCAAAACGCGUUCAACUAUGGAUUCCCUAUACCGAGGUUACCCGGUGACUUGGACGUGGUCUACAAGGUUUUGGCGUUGAACCACGAGGGCAGAAAUUCUCAACAAAAUGUUAGGCCCAUUCACGCAAUUUUCUAAGGAAAUUGUUGUUUAAUGUCUUCAAUUUAAAGUUUUCAAAAUACCAUUUUAGUACCGAAACGAAAAUACAUUUCUGUUUUUUUUAUUUUCGUUUCUACUACUAUACUCUUCAACUUGCAUUAAUUGAUAACUCAAUUAAUAAAAAUCUAAUUUGUUUGAAACAGUUAAAAGGUUUCCAUAGUUUCAGAAGUUGGCAAUUGAACGCACAAUUCGGAUAAUAACUCAGUAAAAUUGAAAAAGUUAUAAGGUUUCUAUACUAGGUAUAAAAAUCCCUUAUACCGCCGUCGCGUCCAUUUGACUGUUCUAAUAAAAUCUCGUCAAUAUCAAAAUCGACAAUACUAUUAAAAUUAUAAAAAAAAUAUAAACUAAAUCAAAAAUUAAAUAAUCUGUUAACACAUCACCAAAAAGAAAAACCCAGAAUUCAGACCGCGUUGUGUAAAAUUUUCUUUGUCCUGCUAGUUUUUUCUUAAUACAUAUUUUCUUUUAAAAACACUUUUUUGUACAUAAUUAGAAGCUUAUUAAAAUUAACAGUAAUAUAAUUAUGCUUUUUACUAUAACUAAUACCGAAAGGAACAAAAUAUGUAUAUUUAAAAUCUUAUAAAU